AUGCAGGUAUUAAACUAUUUCGCACAGCUGCUGAACCAAAAUGUUACGACUGCUGUACCAAAUGAUGCAAGGGCAGAUUCGAGUCAUACAGCUGAUAUACCGAACAUUGCAGGUGCUGAACCGUGUCGGACGACUGCUGAACCAGAAGGUCCAAUAACAUUUAAAAAUGAAGAAUACGACGGAAGCUUACCGAAUUUGGUAUUGAGGCCUCAUUCAUGGACAAAGGUAAGUAGUAUUAUAUUUUUGGAUUUGCCGGUUGGAACUGGAUUCUCUUAUCCGAAUACAGAAAACGCUGCUCAACAAAGCACAUCGAAGCUAGUUCGCAAUGCUCAUCAAUUUUUUCGAAAGUGGUUGAUUGAUCAUCCAGAAUUUAUCUCUAACCAAGUGUACAUUGCUGGUGAUUCAUAUUCUGGCCUUCCUGUCCCAAUUAUUGUUCAAGAAAUUUCAAAUGGAAAUGAAUGUGGUCUCCAGCCAUGGAUAAAUCUUCAAGGAUACAUACUAGGAAAUCCCGUAACUACACCGGACUACAAAAAUUACCGAAUACCAUUUAAUCAUGGCAUGGCAAUUAUUUCUGAUGAACUCUACAAGUCACUACAAAAGAACUGUGGAAGCGAGUACACAGAAAUAGAUCCUCAAAAUGUGCUUUGUCUGAAAGAGUUUCAAUCCUACAAAGAGACUAUUUCAGGGGUGAAUAAAGUUCAUAUUUUAGAACCAAAGUGUGAUGAUGAUCGGCAUAAUUCACGUGAACUUUCUAGAAAAAUGCUUCUGAUUAAAAAUCCUUCUCCCACACUGCCACCUUUAAGCUGCCGGACUUAUGGAUAUUUCCUCGGUAGCUAUUGGGCUAACAAUGACAAUGUUCGCAAUGCAUUACACAUUCGAAAGGGAAGUAUAAGGAAAUGGAAUCGAUGUAAUCAUGAUAUUCCUUUUAAGCACGAAACCAUUAACAGCUUCCCAUAUCAUGCAAAUCUUAGCAGAAAAGGCUAUCGUUCAUUAAUAUACAGUGGGGAUCAUGACAUGGUCGUUCCAUUCAUGAAUACUCAAGUAUGGAUAACAUCUUUAAACUACUCCAUAGUCGAUGAUUGGAGGCAAUGGUAUUCAGAUGGUCAAGUAGCAGGAUAUACAAGAACUUACACAAAUCGAAUGACAUUUGCGACUAUAAAGGGGGGAGGACAUACAGCUCCGGAGUACAAGCCUAAAGAAUGCUUUGCCAUGUUGAGUAGGUGGCUAUCUAAUAAGGAACUCUAAAAGUUAUACAAUAAGCCUAAAGUUAUAUAGAAGGCUCGUGCAACUAGUUUGGAAUAUUAUAAGCAAAAUUGCCUAAAUGAUUAGCAUUAUAAUUUCAGAAUAUCCUUCCACAAGCAGCCAUACCAUGAAUACCAAAGCACCAUUUUUAUUCCAUUUUAUCCAAUCAAGCAUAGAGGAUGCAACAUGACCUCUUUAAUGAUGUGGAAAUUGAAUGAUGCACUUUUAGAUUGAAAGCUUUCAGGAUAGUGUAAAAUCAUCCCUAGAUGCAGUUGAGACUUUGGUUGUUUCAUUUUAUUAAA